CUCUUCAAUCUUUGUUUUGCAGGGAAGCCACUAGCCAGCCAUGGAUUUCAUCAACAGUGUAACGAACAUCAUAAUUCCUUCUAUUUCUCUAACAUUGAUGCUUUUCUUUCUCCCUCCAUAUCUCUUCUUCAAGUACCUCUUCUGCACCGUAAGACCCAUCUUCAAGGACGACAUGUUGGGAAAAGUAGUGCUCAUCACUGGAGCAUCCUCUGGGAUUGGCGAGCGAAUGGCGUAUGAGUAUGCUAGAAAAGGAGCUCGUCUGGCCCUUGUCGCGAGAAGAGAGAACCGACUCCAAUCGGUCGCCAGCAUUGCCACAUUGCUAGGCUGCAAAGAUGUCAUCACUAUUCGAGCAGAUGUUUCCAAGGUUGAAGAUUGUGAGAGGUUUGUCUAUGAAACGAUCAACUACUAUGGACGAUUGGAUCAUCUAGUUAACAAUGCUGGGGUGGCUCCAGUCUGCAUGUUUGAAGAGUCCCCUGAUAUUAAAAAGUUCACACAAGCAAUGGACAUAAACUUCUGGGGUUCAGUGUAUGCUACAUACUUUGCAAUUCCAUACCUUAAAAGGACCAGAGGAAGAAUAGUGGUGAUUUCUUCUGCUGCCUCAUGGUUACCUGUCCCAAGACUUGGUAUCUAUGGCGCUUCAAAAGCAGCAGUGACGAGUUUUUAUGAGACAUUGAGAGUUGAAAUUGGGAGAGACGUUAGAAUAACAAUUGUGACUCCGGGGUUAACCGAAUCAGAAAUGACCCUGGGCAAGUUCCUAACCGGGCGAGGCACCUUGGAACUUGGCCAAGAAUUGAGAGAUGUUGUAAUGAGCAUGACGCCGGUAAUGUCUGUCAAAGAGACUGCCAAAGCCAUUGUCGAAGGUGCAUGCCAAGGUGCCUAUUACUUGACAGUACCAGCUUGGAUAAAGCCCACAUUUCUGUGGCAUGUAUUUUUUCCUGAGGUGUUGGAGUGGUGCAAUCGCUUGCUGUUGAUGCCGGGAAUGGGGUCCACAGAUAGAGAAACUGCUAGCAAGAAGAUUGUAGAAGCAUUAGCCACAGUGAGGCACUACCUACGACCUGGGACAGUUGAUUUUCCUGAGCUGAGCAAUGAACACUGAGAUUACCCACAUU